CAACAGACUACAGGAUGAGAGGAAAUCCGAACAAAAUAGCUGUAGGCGCAUGUGAAUGGAACGCAUUGAAAAUGUGUUGAUCGCAUCGGUCCAAAUUCAACCUGUAACGCAACACACCCCGUAAUUAAGCUGAUUAACAACAGCGAUAAUGCGGCGCCUGGGUUCAGUGCAGCAGAAGAUCCCAUGCGUUUUCCUGACGGAAGUUAGAAACGAACCAUCCAGAAAACGCGACUGUCAGCAGUUUCAGGUGGUGGCCACUGAGAAUGUGAAUCCUGCUGCUCUUGAAUCAGAUAUUCACUGUGCAGCAGCAACUGAGAAGAUUGAUGGGACGUGCUGCUAUGUCACUACAUACAAAGGGGAAGCAUAUCUCUGGGCUCGCUUGGAUCGGAAACCCACCAAGCAGGCGGACAAGAGAUUCAAAAAGUAUCAGUAUUCGCAGAAGACCUGUAAAGGAUUUGUGUGGAACGUAGACAAAGAUUUCCGAGAAGUACCAGAAUCUUGGAUCGCUGCUCACAGAGUCCAGCAUGAGAACGGCCAUCCGGUUCCGGACGAACACGGACACAUACCAGGUUGGGUUCCAGUGGAUCAUACCAACAAGCAGUACUGCUGGCACGCCUCUGUAGUCAACUAUGAUACUGGUGUUGCCCUUGUCCUGAAGACACACAGCGAGGAUGAAGGAUUGCUUAAAAUUGUCAGCGUUCCUCUGGCAGACCUAAUGGAGCAAACCCUUGAGCUUAUCGGAACCAACGUUAACGGAAAUCCAUAUGGUUUGGGAAGUAAGAAGCAUCCAAUCCAUGUUCUGGUUCCUCAUGGAGUCCUGCGCAUCCGGAACCCUCCUCCAGUGGAAUUCCAGCAGCUGUAUUCCUGGUUUCAGGAAUGCCAAGAAGGGCGAGUGGAGGGAAUCGUUUGGCACUGCGAUGAUGGGACACUGGUCAAGGUACACCGCCAUCAUCUCGGUUUGAAAUGGCCUGUUGGUGACACCUUCCUCAACACCAGGCGUGUGGUCGUCCACGUAGAUGAAACGCCAGAUCCAGAUGCUUCCAACAAGGACUUAUUCAAAUCGUUUUCCAGCAUAAAUGGAAAACUCUUCAGCUGCAUACAGGACAUUCAGUUUGAACCCUGAUCCCUUAAAAUUAAAUUACCAAACAUUCCUCCUAAAUCUGGUUUUAACCAGAGUGAAGAACUUUUGCCAACACUUAAUACUGGUCAAAACUGCCUAUUGCGAAUUCCCAUGACACUUUGGACUUAGAUAUAUGAUGUGUGCGACUGCUGCGAUUACUUUAUAUUUGGCACUUUUUCUUUUCUUUUAGAGAAUGAAAGUUUUUUUUUUUAAAUUAUGUAAUUCUUUUGUUUGUUGGUUUCAGAGGACGGUUCAGCAAUAUGUAUAUAAAUAAAUGUAACAAAUUGACAUUGAUCGGCAUUUAUUACACCUAAGGAGUCUCCAAAAUGAGGCAGUGACUGAUAGAUUAAACAAAAAAAGGUACAAACCUUUCAGUUUCAGCUUUUGUUAGUAAGGCCAUAAAUCACAACUAUUGUAAAACCUAACUUUAUAUGAAAAUGCUUUAGUAUUUUACAAAAAAAAAUAAAUAUGAAGCUACUUAUGAAA